AUGGUCUCUUCUACCUCCUCCACUGGCUUGUACAUGUCCAGAGGACCCUCUGUAGUGCUACAUAAUGUACUGAGAGUGCUCUUGAUUUCUGCCCUCUUGAUUGUUUCCACCUUUGGCGACUCGAAUUCUCCGCGACCUUCCAUUCCUCGCAGUACGCACAACAGUCAUUACCAACAACUCCGUCAAGCGGCCGAUUCGGCCACCGAUUUUGAAGCGUCGUCGGAAGCAUCGUCUCUGUUGCGCGAACGACCUCCCUGGAAUCCAAGUCCCCAAAUCAACGAUGCCGGCUACUGUCGCGGUGUCUACACACGAAUCCCCGGAGAUUGGGAGACGGAUGUCCAAUUGGGUGGCAAGCAUCAAAAUGCCGUUCAUUUGGAAAUGGUCCAAGUUCAUAUUCGACAAGUUCCCGGCGACGGCAAUUGUCUCUUUCAUUCCAUCAGUACGUGCAUGGCACAAGUGGUCAAUGGGACAUCGCUCCAAUAUCCACAACAUUUGGGAUGGCUCUAUCGACAAUCGGCUUGUUUGCGCAAACAAGCCGUCGAUUGUCUGCGACAAAAACGAAAAACACUCUUUUUGCAAGGACACGAAUAUUUAAAGGCACAAGAUUUGGUCGAAGCCGCCGCGGCGCAGUAUUCGAUUAGUGCUUCGGAAUACUGCGACCUCAUGCAACAAGACAGUUAUUGGGGUGGAGGACCGGAAAUUGUGGCAUUGUCCAAUGUCCUGAAACGACCCAUUCACGUGUACGAAUUGGCCGCGUCGUCACCGGGAGGUAAUAGACUUCUAUUGCGGGGCAACAAUUGUUUUGUUCUACGACGCAUGGCUUGUUUUGGCAGUCCCAAAUUCGACAAGAAGGAACCCUUUCACAUUCUCAGUGCCGACAGUCGAUUCCCCGAUAUAUCCCCCGGACAUCAAAUGUCAUCCGGCAAUCAUUUUUUGGCCGUCUUUCCCAUUCCCGAACAACAGGCGGCACUGGAAGAAUUCAUGAAAAAGGAAAAGAGACUCAAGAAAAAGGGAAAGCAAAACGUUCGAGGGGGUGGAGAUUUGUUGGAUGAAGUCACUCGGAAACGCAUGGCACUGGAAGAAUUGCAACAGCGACGAAGACGGCAAUCCUCAUCAUCAUCAUCGACGACGACGACUGCUACUACCAGCAAGGAUAGACACCACCACGAGGACGAAAGCAACGAGGAAUCUCGGACGAUUCGGUCUUAUUUCAAGGGUUUGUGGAGACGAAUCUUUAUACCCAAUCAUGACGAUUGA